AUAUUUCAGCUGACAAUAGUUGCUGUCAAUGCAAGUCUUUUUGAAAGACUUUUAUGUACGAUGGUCAGAAAAUAGUUGCAAUGUUUGUAAUUUCGAUCAGUCAAGAGGCAUUUACGUACAGAUACAGAUUGUUUAAUAAACUGUUGGUUUUAUUUGCUAGUCAAAUUCCCUUCCCCAAGACACAAGAAAGGAAAUUCUGUUUAUUCGAUUCCUGUAUGCAUGCGCGUUUUUGACAAAUAAUUGAAGUGGUUUCUGGCCAACGAGAAUGUGUAUUUGCUAGUGCUUGAGAGUUCGGCAAACACAUGUACGUUCUCUUUGACUACGGAGGACGUACAUAAACAAUUUGGCCAAUAUAAUUUUGCGAAAUACCCCGCGCGACUGCGAAAAUAGCUCGGUCAAGCCAUGGUUUACUUUGGCGUUUUUAUUAUUGAGCAAUGUUUAAAGUAUUAAAAUGAAAGUUUAUGCCGGAGGUGUAAAAUCCAUUGGACUCGUGGAGAGAUCGUUCUGUUAUUGUGUUUGCAAAGCAAGACAGGUGUUUCUUUUGAAGUACAUUUUCUUAAGGUAACCUUUUAUAGCUUUUCUAUUUUACUAAGAAAUCAAUCAAAAGGCCAACGUUUGCUGCUAUUCACGACAGAGAAACGGGAAAAUAUAAGUGGAUUACAUUGGUUUCUCUGGAAAUAACUGUUACACAAAUUCGUUUCUUAUCUCAGAAAAGAUAGAAUUUCUCCCUAAACCCUAUACUUUGAUCUAGAAAUUUGCUUCAUGCGUCGGAAGACAAAAAAAAUCUAGCCAGGUAUUUUAUGUGUUUACCGAAUAAGCAUGGGGAUUUUUCACGCCUUAAAAUGAACUGUUAGUUGAAAUUCUAGUUAAAAUCUGCUUGUUUAGAGAGCUCUACCCCUCAGCAACCGUUUCUCUGCAUGCUAGAAUUUCAAGUUUGAAGUUGUAAACACCGAUAAACAAUUAGGUAAGAAAUGUUACUGAUGAAAGUUUACUUUACAAAGGAGAUUAAGAUAGCACCGUCUGUCUCCUUUUACAAAUCCAUUCGUGAACCAACUUGAAAAAUGAAAGAAAAUAUCUUUGAGAUGUUGGAAAGAGAGAAACUUUCCCUUGAUUCAACGCGAGCUAAUCAGUUACCAACUUCCUAAUAAGAUAAUUGAUUUCCCUCCUUAAAUUUAGCAAAAAAAAAAAAAAAACCAGUCAAAAUUUUUUAGUACUGCUUGAAUACGUUUUUUGUAAAGCCAUCAAGGAACAUUCAAGGAAUUUUCUUGAAAUACAUAUUUCACAACGUCAACUUUAACAUGUAAUGUGCCAGCCGUUUAUUCAAAUAUGACAUCACAUAAUGACAAGUCUUUCUUCCCAGCAUAUCAGCUCCCGCAUUAAAAACCUGUUAUUUAAUUGUCUGAUAUAGGUUAUGAAUAAAUCGUUGCACAAAAUCUACGGCAGUAUGAGCAAAAGUUACUUGGAAAAUUGCGAAACGGGCGGGAAAAAUGGUGAUAAAAGAAUAUCUGACUUCCUUAUCAAACUGACUAAACACUUUACAAUAAGUCCAAUAACGUCAGCGGAAAACACCAACAUCUGAUAUCUAAUAUAAAGCAUGGUUUGAAUUCAGUCUACAUUGUAAUGUACUGUCGUAGCAAACCAUUGGUUAGUCGAGAAUAUUUUGAUCGGCGUUUGGUGCACACAAAAACAUUUCAAAAAUCUAACAUUUUAUCAUUUUAUAAAUUUUGAAUAUUGCUUGAACGCCUUUGAAGUUGUCAACACUUUCUAAUCCCGCCUACACUUAGUGCUUUUGUUUAAACAGCCUUUAUCAGAGUUUAGAAAGAAUUGUCUCACAAUAUUGCAGAACGUCAAACCUUAACAGGUAAAAUACCAGCAUUUACUCAAAUAUGACAUAUAUCACACAUGACAACUAGUCUUUCUUUUCAACGUAUUACCCCCUACUAUGACAAUAACUGAAAAGUCUUCGCAAGAAGUUUUCAAGAAAAUUGCAAAAUGGGACGGAGGGUGAUAUAUAACCUGGAUAUCUCACUUCCAGACUAAAAUUCGUUACAAUAAGUUCAAUAACGUCAGCAGAAGAUAUCAACUUCUGACAUCUUAAGUACUGUUUGAAUUCAGUCUGAAUUGCAAUACAUUGCCGAGGUAAACUAUUUGUCAGUUUGAAUAUAAAACCAACAAAACCGGUAUCUGAAAAGAGGGGAAAAAAUUAGCGUCAUUGAAGAUUGAUCGGUUUUUCUAUAAAGACCGCUAUCAUCAAAUCAACUGUGUUUGCAUAUGUCCACUUGCUUUCGCCCUUAUUGAAACGGUGCUUCGCAAUCAUAAUCUGCCUUGUAGACCGAUAUAGAUUGGCUCCGUGCAAACUAAACCGCAUUUAUUUCUAAAAUGUUUAACGGUAAAUGUAAGCUGGAUUUUUUUUUCUUCGUCCGUUAAGCUAUUUCUCAACCGGGAGUAUAUUGACUUGUAGCUUUCUCGCAGGUGUAUUUGAAUUUCGAAUUUCAACGCCCGCCACUUUGUGAUCGAGCGCAAUUAACAUAAAUGAAAACAUAUAGAAUUUCCGCAGCGUUCGAUCGCUAUUUAGACGAUCGGUGACACAUGCAAUAUUGUCAUUUAGACCGGCGUUUGCUCCAAGUUACGUUCAGAACCGAAAAACGUGGGGAGACGUUAUUGAUAUCAGUGUAUUAGCCGUGUUACGAAGGCAAGCUGAAAUUGGUACUCGUAAACCGUUCGCGAACCGGCUUUUUUCCAACCAGUGGUCGCGCACUCCUGAAAUUCGCAGGUCAUGUCGCUGGCAAACGAAACAUUUAACCAGACGCAGCGAAACCAAAGUGUCAUUAACGAUGAAUGCUUCGUGUACGAUUCAGCAGCUGUUAAGAUGCUGCGAAUCAUUCCUUACUGUGUUCUGCUGAUUGUUUCUUUACUCGGAAACUCUGUGAUAAUUGCUGUGGUCUGGAAAGAGCAGCGGAUGAGAAAGACUGUCAACUUCUUCAUCGUCAACAUGUGUGUGGCAGACUUGUUAAUAACACUUUACAUGCCUCGUGUUAUGUCUGUAUGGUAUUCUGGCUACCAAUGGCAAGUACGAGGAACUCUUGGACUGAUAUUUUGCAAAUUUGCCGUCUUCACGCAUCAGACAGCCAUAUGCGCGUCGAUAUUUACUGUGGUCGCCAUUAGCUGUGAUAGAUUUUUCGCUGUGGUCCUGCCUCUAAAAACAGUCAUUACAAAAACGGUUUGCAAAAUAAUUCUCGCCAUGAUAUGGAUUUUAUCCGUCGCUAUUCGCUUGCCAAUGCUGUACGGUCUUGAAACAGGUUACGACAGGUAUGGCAAGUGGGGUUGCUUAUUGUCUCUGGACGAUGCGUUUUACAAAGGAGCGGAGAAGGCUUAUUAUAAGUUUACCCUCAUCGGCUUGUUUGCUGUGCCUCUAUCGGUGACUGUCGUGCUCUAUGCAGGUAUUUUGAUCUCCUUAAAACUAAGAAAAAUUCCCGGAGAAGAGGUAUUACGAAACAUGGGAAGGCAACAAAGACGAGACGCGGUUAUAAAGAGGAAGGUUCUUCGCAUGGUGCUGAUCGUGGUCGCUGUGUUUGUGCUGUGUUGGAUUCUCUAUUUUGUACAGCUUAUUCUGUUUUCUUAUAAAAUUCAAGUGAGCUGUGACGUUCAGUUUCUCAGGCUGUUCUUGGCCCAUCUUAACAGCGCGAUUAAUCCCUGUUUGUACCUUCUGUUGAACGAAAAUUUUCGUGGAGGUGUUAGAAACAUUCUGAGCCGAAGCCCUCUUUGUAAAUGCAUACCCAGCUUAGCUAUGGGUAAUUUAAGACAGAGAGUUUCUCCCUCAAUAGGGAUUACUUUGUCCAUGUAUCCACAAGACGAAGAUGAACAGCCUUGAAAGAAUACGAAAUGAAAGAAAAGGUAAAUGACUUUGUAAAGAGGAAGGUAAUAAGUUAUUAGUUAAGAAACGUAGAAAAUUGUUCCGCCACAAAAUGACUGUAAUUCACUGAGCCCAAACAGUCAAUUCGUUUUUGCAGAGGAUGUGAUUCUAGCUGAUCUGAAGAAGGAAAUACCUCAGUGGACUGAAAACGAAACGUUUAAGAUAUAAACUCAACACUUCAAUGCAAUCGCAUUGGAUCAUGCAAAGCGUAAUUGAAUAGCUUUUGUGAGGAGAUGUAUGACAGAUACGUAUUAGCCUAGGUCGAAAAGGGUUUCGCGUGAGAAAUGUAUUAACUUUUAUUUAUCUGUAACAGGUGAAAUACGAUUUUGUUUUUCUACCGUGCAGUGAACUGUGGCUUUCAAUGUAAUGUUAGCAUAAUAUCCAAGGGUUUAAUAUCCAGGUAGUAUCAUAAAAAUCAAACUCAUUUCGGAGAUUUAUAUCAGGGAAGUUUAAUUUUAAGCUAAAAUUUCAAUGACCAUGAAAAAACUGAAGAUAUUCUGACAACAAACUGACAUGCACUCGUUUGAUAUACGUAAAGAUACUAAACUAGUUAACCAAAAAAACAAAAAACAUUUCCAUCCUUUUUGCCAUCAAAAUGUAGAGAAAUAAAGAAAACUGUGGAUUGAUGUCGUUGUUUGCUUAAAAGUAAUUUGCUGGUGCAGAACGCAACAUUGCUCAAGCUUAAAGAAAAAAAAUAUGUUUUCUUGAGCGGCGAUAUCAGCUAUUCACCGUUGUUGGAAUUUAAAACUGACCCCAAAGGUUUGAGCUAUUCAGUCAAACGGAAGAUUUUACGAACCUGACGGAAGACCUUAUUUUGAACAAUGAAACUAUGCAAAUAUUAAUAAAGCAACGAGAGCAUCGAUGAAAAAGUCAUAUUGGUGAUGUUUAUUUUGUGCAACACUUAAUGAAUUAUCGAAUUGAAAGUCGUUUACACACUUGUCUCACUUGACCUGAAAACGCCUUAAUAUGUGCUUUUGAUUGUAUACGAACCAAUAACAAUUUUUAUGCGAUAUUAAAUUUCUAUAGUGAUGGCCUCUUGUGCUUACAGUACAUUGCAAAUGUUAUCAGUUUGGUGACAGACCGUUCUAAGUUUUAAAAUUCAUGUUAGUUUAAUACUAAGAAUGCAUCUUCAUUACUGACCAGAAAUAUGUUGUUUGAAAGCACAAGCUGUGUCGUGGGUGACCCUGUACGAAGUUAGACCCCGUGCGCAUUUCGCAGGAGAAACUUGAAAAUGGCAUUUUCACUCUCAAAACGCAUCAAAUGUUUUCCGUCCACACUACGACAGAGAAUUUUGAAAACGCAACAAUUACCGGUCAUUUCGGAUUUAUGUUUCAGGAAGAUUCGGACAGGGAAAUCAGGUGAUUAUUAUUUUUACCUCAACGUUUUCGAAAAGCUCCGUGUUCAAAAUGUUUUCCGUCCGCACUAAAACGCAACGUCGGCGUUUUGAAAUUCUUCUGCUUUGAAAAGCGUUCUCGAAAAGCGCCGUUUUCGUGCCGGACUAGAGUGGUCGGUAGACCUAACCAUGGAAACAAAGCAGCGUUUUUGAAUUUCUCCGGUGUAGUGUGGACAGGGGCCUUAUUAGUUAAUGAGUUCAGUUACCGAAAACUUGAGACGAAAACUUGGCAAAGAAAUAGAAACUGUUCCAUCUACAGUUUCGUUUCAUAAUAAGGGCUGACAUGCUUUCGUAGAAGUGCAGCAAACCAAAUUUUGAAUUCUGUCAAUCCGUUUUCACUGACUUGACAGGAAGAGCUGCGUUUCGAAAUUACCUUUCUCGAUUGAAACUGCAUCUUUUUCCCGUUCCUGUACUGUGGAGCAUAGGUGAAAAUGCAUUGUGCUUGUUUGAAAAGGAAAACGUGUUUUAAUUAGAUUUUGACGAAUCAUUAUAAUCAGUCUUUGUCAUUUGAUACUACGAUCGUAGGAUAAGGAAAAUACACAGUCAUUGGUGUACAAGUUGUUAUUACAAUUUUCAUGACACAUGAUAGAUUACCAUAGCAACAGUAUGACCUGUUGAAAACACCCACAACUUUAACUGCCCAUAAAUCAAAAUGAUCUCGGUGAACCAUAUUUUUACUGUAUUGAAUUUUGAUUAGAAGGAUAAAACGCAACUUUUGGCAAAGUUUUUCAAACAAUUCUGCACAUUGGGUUCAAAUCCACUUUGAAUUUUUGAA